CUCCCUGCUCUCGACUGCAUCAGGCAGCGCUUAGUACAGCGCCUAGCCCGUAUUCGUCGCCCCUCUGGGUCUGUCGGGGCUGGAACCCGCGCAGGUGUCUCCGACCCCUAUUUAUUGAGCGCUUACUGGGUGCAGAGCACUGUACUAAGCGCUCUGAAGACGCCCUCGCCAUCCCCGAAGAGUCCCGAGGGGAGGAAAAGUUCGUUUCGGAUCCCAGGAGUGCCCGGUAUCCCGGCGGAGGCGAUGAUCCUGGAGGAGAACCAGGAUGGAGAAGGGGAAGAGAGAUUCCUGCUGCAGCCGGCGGAGAGCGGCAGGAAGGGCUGUGACCCGUUGGCCCAGAGCCAGAGGAGCAAACUUCAGAACCGCCGAGCCCGGAUUAACCAGCAGAUCAACAAGGAGAUGAGGAUGCGAGCCGGAGCGGAGAAUCUCUUUAAAGCCACCAAUAACCACAAAGUCAAGGAAACGGUGGCCCUGGAGCUGAGCUACGUAAACUCCAACUUGCAGUUGCUGAAGGAAGAGCUGGAAGAGCUGAACAGCUGUGUGGAUGUGUACCAGAACGACAGUGAAAGCAUCAGCGUUCCCAUGAUCCCGCUGGGACUGAAGGAGACAAAAGAGCUGGACUUGUCAGUGGCGUUAAAGGAGCUGAUCUCCGAGCACUACGGUGAGGAUGGCACCUCCUACGACAGGGAAAUCCAGGAGGUGAUGGAUCUGAGACAGGCAAUGCGGACUCCCAGCCGGAAUGAAGCUGGGCUAGAGCUUCUCAUGGAGUAUUACAAUCAGCUGUACUUCCUGGACUACAGGUUUUCACCUCCUAGUAGGCAUCUUGGAGUCUUCUUCCAUUGGUACGACUCACUCACCGGAGUCCCCUCCCACCAGCGGGCUCUGGCCUUUGAGAAGGGAAGUGUAUUGUUCAACAUCGGGGCCCUAUACACCCAAAUCGGGGCCCGCCAAGACCGCACCAGUGACCGAGGCAUCGACCUCGCCAUCGACGCUUUCGAGAAAGCGGCCGGAGCUUUUAACUACCUGAAGGAGAACUUCUCCAACGCCCCCAGCCUGGACAUGAGCGCGGCUUCCCUGGACAUGCUGGUGAGACUGAUGAUCGCACAGGUCCAGGAGUGUGUGUUUGAGAAGGUCACACUCUCCCAACCACCCAACGACUGCUUCUCCCAGCUGCAAAUCGCCCAGGAGGCGGCCCGGGUGGAAGAUGUCUACUCGCUGGUGUAUCAGACCAUGAUCCAGCCACCCAUGAAGGAUUACGUGCCUUUCUCCUGGACCACCAUGGUUCACGUCAAAUCGGAGCACUUCCGGGCCCUCUCGCACUACUACGCGGCCGUCGCGCUCUGCGAUGGUCCCCCUGUUUCAGACCCAGAGGUCCCCAAGUAUGAGAAGGCCUUCGUUCAGUUCCAUGUCACCGUGCCUGAAGGACCGCCCCUGCCAGUCCUGCUGCAGGAUCCAGAGGAGCGAAGGAAACUGGGCAAGGCCCAUCUGAAGCAAGCCAUCAUGAGGCACGAGGAGGCCAGGCGGGUCCACGGGCUGUGCCGGAUCCUGCGCAAGAUGGACAUCCUUCAGGAGGUGCUGUCCUUCACCCACAAACGCUCGCUCAGCAAAUACUCCGAGGUCGACCAAGAAGAGGAUUUCUUUGAGAUGGGCGAGGCUCCAGACAUUCACCCCAAAACUCUUCAGAAGCCAGAGAUCAAAAUGCCCAACUUCUCCAAGGUGAAAGUGACUGAUAUUUUUCAUCGUUUGGGACCCCUGUCCAUCUUCUCGGCAAAGAACAAGUGGAGGUUGGCAUCCCGUGUCCACCUGGCCAAAGGGGAGAGCGGAUUUGGGUUCACGCUCAGAGGGGACUCCCCUGUUCUUAUUGCUGGAGUCAUCCCUGGGGGCUGUGCUGCGGCAGCCGGCCUAAAGGAGGGGGAUUACAUCGUCUCCGUCAACGGGGAGGACUGCAAGUGGUCUCGGCACUCGGAGGUGGUGCAGCUGCUGAAGGGCAUCGGGGACGAGGGUGUGGACAUCGAGGUGGUCACCCUGCAGAGCUCGGAGGGACAGAGCCUGGCGGACAAGAAGUCAUCCAUGUCCUCUCCCGGGGGACUAUCACGGAGCCCCAGGGAGAACAGCAGGAAGAAGCCUAUGAGUAGCAAGAGCGGUGGCAGUGGCCCACUGAUCAUCUGGAGCAAGAAGACCAAACGGACACAGGGGAAUGCUUUGGCCUUGCCCUUCUCCCCAGCUGGAGCCAAUGAGUCCAACUCCUGAGGCAGGGAGGGCCUUGCCCCUUCAUGCCUCUGUUCCCCUCCCACCCCAUUUUGGCCCUUGGACUCAAGGUGACCCCGAAGAGCAGUUCAGAGGCACGGGGUGAGAGCAGCAGCUGGGGUACCUCUGCUGGAGAAGAGGGUUGGACAGGACAGCACAGGGUGAGGAAGCACAGAGGUGGACCAAAUGGGCAGUCGGGGCAUGGGACAGAGAACAGAGCUGGUGUCUGGAAUCAGGACACUAGAGUGGUGGAAAUAAUGUUAAGAGCAGAACCAUCCUCAACCUUCAUUGUUCAUUCAGCUGGCUGUGGGGGUAAAUCAUCUCCAGGGGAGUUAAGGAAACUGCCUCUGUACAGCAGAAUUCCCAGAAGCCUCAGCUUGUUCGGUCUAUAAAGAAGGCAGCCAAGAGCUAUGACAUGGGGGCCAGGAUAGCGGCUACUCAGAGGUCAACACUCACCCCCUCUGCCACUUUGCCCAGGCACUGACUCCUUUGUUCCCUGCUUUCCAUACCUUCUCUGAGCAGUUUUUUUAUGGCAUUUUUAUUAAGCACUUACUCUGUGCAAAGCACUGUUCUAAGCACUGG